CUCCUGGUUUGCUUCUGCAAUCUCGGUCCCACUUCUGAAGAGGCCAUCAUGAGUCGGCAGUACAGUUCCAGAUCCUUUAAUGGAAGACGGAGUUACUCAUCCCCCUCAGCCAUCAGCACUGGAUUUAGGGAUGGAAUCAGAAGCGGCGGCUACACCAGCAUAAGCCACUAUAAUAUUGGGCGAAACAGGAAACUUUCUGGUGGAGGUCUUAGUGGAUAUGGAGGAAGCACUGGCGGAUAUAGUACAGGCUUUAGGGAUUAUAGCAGCUUAGCUCUGGAUUUGGGUCCUGGAAGUGGCAGGUCUGGCGGUUUUAGCAGCGUGAGUGCAGGAGGCCACAGUCGAAUUGGAGGAUACAGCAGCCAAAGCCUUGGAGGUUUUAACAAUAGUGGCAUCAGGCGCGGGGGCUUCAGCAGUCGCAGUCUUGGUGGUGGUUAUAGCAGAAGCUAUAGGAUUUCAGGCUUUGGGAGCCAAAGCCUGGGCAGCAGCUUCUAUAGCAGAGGGGCGGUUGCUGGUGAUAGUGGACUGUACGAGCCCCUCAGCCGCUACGGGGUGAGUGGCGGGAUCCACGGGGUCCGAGUCAAUGCGAGCCUCUUGCGGCCCCUCUGCAUACAGGUGGACCCGGAGAUCUCUCGAGUGAAAGAGGAGGAGAGAGAUCAGAUCAAAACCCUCAAUGACCAGUUUGCUGGUUUCAUUGACAAGGUUAGACACUUGGAACAACAGAACAAACUUUUGGAAACUAAGUGGACCUGCCUCCAACAAACAGAACCUGAUCAAAAGAAAAACAUUGAACCUCUGUUUGACAACUACAUUGCCACCCUGAAUAGGCAGCUGGGGAUUUUGUUGAACGAACGGGAACAGCUGCAGUUGGAGCAAGCUAAAUUUCAGGAUCUGGUUGAAGAAUACAAAAACAGCUAUGAAGAGGAAAUUAAUCGACGCAUGUCUUCGGAAAACCAAUUUGUCGAGCUGAAAAAGGAUGUCGAUGGUGCAUACGCUUCUAAGGUGGAGCUGGAGGUGAAACUGGAAACCCUAAGACAGGACCUAGAAUUCUUCAAAUGUUUCUAUGACACAGAACUGGAGAUCUUGCAUUCCAUGACUUAUGACACCAGUGUUGUUGUUUCCAUGGACAACAAUCGAGAGUUCGACAUGGAGGGUAUCAUUGCUGCUGUGAAAAAUCAGUAUGAGGAUAUUGCGCAGAGGAGCAAGGAUGAAGUCAAUAUUCUGUAUGCAUCCAAGUACCAAGAGCUGCAGGACACCUGGGGACGUCACUGCAACAACGUGACUAGCAGCCGUCAAGAGAUCCAAGACCUGAAUGCCCUUAUCAAGAGACUCAAGGCUGAUAUGGAAAAUGCAAAAAAACAGGUUGAGGCAUUACAGGCAUCUAUUGCUGAAACUGAGGAACGAGGGGAGAGCGCCCUGAAAGAUGCCAAAGAUAAACAUGCUGAGGUGGAGCAUGCCAUGCAGACUGCGAAGGACGAGCUUGCUCGCCUGCUAAGAGAUUACCAGGAACUGCUGAAUGUCAAGAUGGCUUUGGAUAUUGAGAUUGCAAUGUACAAGACGCUGCUGGAGGGAGAGGAGAACAGGUGGGUGAAAAAGAAACACUGCAAUGUUACUAACAUUGCUCUUGGUGGGAGAAGCAGGGUUGGUGGCUAUAGCACCAAGAGCCUCUCAAGCACGGGUGGAAGCAGAAGAAUAUCUAGUGGAAGCUGCUGGAUCGGAGGUCAGAGGUAUGGUGACAUAUAUUACGGCAGUCCCAGGAACUACGUUGAGGUCCGAAAUUAUGCUGGCAGCUAUCAAAAUGACCUCUUCCAUGGAGUCAGCAUCAACGAGCACCUCUUAAAGCCGCUCUCUGUAGGAGUUGACCCCGAGAUCCAGAAAAUACGAAUUCAGGAGCGGGAACAAAUGAAGUCGCUCAACACCCAGUUUGCCUGCUUCAUCGACAAGGUCCGAAACCUGGAGCAGAAGAACAAGAUGCUGGUAACCAAAUGGGAUCUCCUGCAGGAGCAGAUGCCCCCAGUUAAGAGAGAUCUUGGACCUCUCUUUGAAAAUUCCAUCAGGGGCCUACGCAAGCAGCUGGAUUCCUUGCUGAGCGAAAAGCGGCAGGCAGGACCACAGCUGCAGAAUAUUCAGCAGUGUGUGGAGGAGUUUAAAUGCAAGUAUGAAGAGGUAAUCAACCGGCGUGUGGCAGCAGAGAAUGACUUUGUUUUGCUUAAGAAGGAUGUAGACUGUUCAUUCAUGAAUAAGAGGGAGCUGGAGGCACGAGUGGCAGCCCUGAAAAUGGAGAUUGAAACCCUGAGGUGCAUUUAUGAGGAGGAACUCUCAUUCCUUGAUCAGUGGAUUCAGUGUGCAACGUCAGUCGUCGUAGAGAUGGACAAUAGCCGAGGUCUAGAUAUGAACUACAUCCUUCAAAAUGUCGACUCCUGGUAUCAAAGCAUUGUGCAGGGGAGCAAGGAAGAAGUGAAUGCUUUAUACCGAAGCAGAUUUCAGGAACUUCAGAACCGCAGACAUCAAAUUAACGAUGAUCUGAAGAAGAACAAACGUGAAGUUGCGGAACUGAGCCGGAUAACGCAGAGACUGCUCUGUGACCUGGAAAAAGUCAAGAAGCAGGUCGCUUGUUUUCAGUCGGCCGUUUUUGACACCGAGCACCGUGGCGAUUGCACUCUGAAGGAUGCCCAGGAGAAACGGGAUGAACUCCACAGUGCCCUGCAUAAAUCCAAGGAUGAGCUGGCAGGCAUGCUGCGGAACUACCAGGAGCUUCUCAAUGACAAGCUGGCUCUAGAUAUCGAAAUAGCUACGUACAAGUCAUUGCUGGAGGGAGAGGAAAGCAGGUUAACUUCGGGGAACCUUGUGAGCAUAGAGCAAAUCUGUGGCAAUGGCGAGCUUAACCUGAGAGAUUAUUGCUUGGAUCCCACUUAG